GAUCUGUUCUAUAGGCUCGUACCUCUGUAUUCUUGAUUCCUAAGAAGACAGAAACCCAUGUCUGGUUGAUGAACUACGACCAUGUAACCAGAGCGUGAUUAACAGAAAGCCAUGGCUCAGUAGAUGAUCGUUGCCAUCCCAUCUGAUGGGUUCUGGCAUGGUUACAUGGUUGUCUGACAGAUACAUUCCAUUUUUAUUUUUGGUGUAUUUGAAGUUUCUGGAGUGGUAUACUGGUAUGGACAACGUGAUCCACUUUCAGAUGCAAAACAAGUGUUUGAUGAAAUGCUUCUAUGGGCAGGUGCAUUUGAAUGUUCUGGAGCUGUAUGGAAAAUGUGGCCUAGUUUUUGAUGCAAAGCAAAUGUUCUAUGGAAUGCUUCUGUCUGGAGCUACAUUCAAAAGCACAAGAAGAUCCAUCCUACAAAGAGAUCCUGGUGGGAGUGAUUCUAGCUAUGGGAUCAUGGGUUGGAAAGACUGUUCAUAGCUGCAUUCCAAUGGCAGUUUCCGACUUUUACAACAAUCAUUACAAAACAAGGAUGGUUCUUCACAAUAGGGAUGUCCAUGGAGAACCACUGCAUGCUCUAUCUGCUGGCAUUCCCUCAAUGUUGACGGUUCACCCUUGGCCCCUGAUCUCGAGACAGAUUGUAAGAUUAUGAGAAGAUGGGACUUUAAAGAAGUUGGAGGAUAAGUGGUUUAACCAACAAUCAGGUCCGCGCUCCAAGGAUUCCACCAAAAUUCUAAACCUUAAAGACUUCCAUGGUCUAUUUUUUGUCACUGCGGUCUCAAUGGCAGCUGCCCUUUUCCCAUCAAUGCUUUAUUUGGUUCAUGAGAAACUACAUUUCACCUACACGAUGCUGGCUGGAGGAAAGCUGGUGUUCAUAUUGAGGUUUCUCGUGCCUAAAACUGGUAAUGCAGUUGAAAAAAGAUGAACGAAACUACAUUUAGGGUUGUUAGCGAGUCGAGUA